AAGAAAUGAAAAAUAUGUUAGAAAAGCAGCAAUUGUCGAUAUACAUGGUAGCGUAGCUUGUGUAUGUAUUAUGUGUAGUAGUCGCUUAUCUAACCGGGAUUUGAACCUCAAAAUUUACCUCGCUCGACGUAUUUUGAUGGCGCAGUAGUGUUGUAGUAUGGCAUAUAUUUCUGAUUUUUACCAAUAACAUCCUACCUAACGGUACCAUAGUGCAACACACGAAAAACAACAGACUAAAAACAACACUACGUAGUUAUUUCAACGAUACUCAGGGAAAAAAGUAAGACUGCUUAACCAAGACUGUUUAGGCGAACGUGUAAUUGAAACCCUCAUAAGGUUUUUGUUCUAAUUCAUCAAUUGCGACAAUUUCGUCCCAUCAAGGGUCGGUUACAUCCGAAACGAGAAACUCUUUCCUUUUAACCUCCUUCCCGUUAGAUUAGAUUGAUACAGUAUACCGUAAUGGGGAAUUGAUACAACACCGCUUGAACUUUCAUUCGUAUUCGCUACCAGGCCAAACCACACAAGUCCAAAUUGCUGUUUAUUUCCUUUUUGGGAGAGAGAAAAAGGAGUCACUUUUUGCAGCAGCAUCAUCAUAAAACAUAUUUAUUACUAUCUAAUUCGUUACUAUUUAUUUUGUGUCGAAAUAUAGUUAUUUUUAUAUUUCUGUUCGAGAAAUAUGAACCAAGCCGCAACAUGUAAAAAGUCUUCAGGAAUUUCAAAUUUAUCGCGACUUUUGCUGUUCAGAAACACUUUCCACAGAUCAUCUUUAGUUGCUUUGUUAGUAUGUGUUAUAACUUUCGUUGUUAAAUCAGAAUUGGGGGAGGCUGUGUCGGAAGCACAUUGCUGGACGGCGGGGGGAGUAGCCUGCAGUUUAACCAGUCAAGCAGAGUUCCAUGAAGAACUUCUGCAUCGGCGCAGGAGAGGAGACCACUUGGCCUCGGAGGCAUCUCUGAGCAGGAGCAAGAGAGGAUACUCCUCCAAGAAACACAUGGCGCAGGAACAGGGCUCCACUUCACAGGUGCAGGUGAAUGACCCGAUUUUUGACAAGCAGUGGUACCUGUUGAACACUGGGCAAGCGGGGGGCAAACCCGGACUGGAUCUGAAUGUAGUUGAAGCCUGGCAGCAGGGAUACACUGGCAAGGGGGUUACUGUGGCGAUCAUGGACGACGGACUGGACUAUCUUCAUCCGGACUUGGCACCUAACUACAAUGCGGAGGCCAGCUACGACUUCAGCAGCGAUGAUCCCUAUCCCUAUCCUAGAUACACUGACGACUGGUUCAACAGCCACGGGACAAGAUGUGCUGGGGAGGUGGUGGGUGUGGCGAAUAAUGGAAUCUGUGGGGUGGGAAUCGCCUACCACGCCAGAAUAGCCGGCAUCCGCAUGCUAGACCAGCCAUUCAUGACAGACACUAUCGAGGCGUUGUCCAUGGGCCAUGCCAGGGACAUGAUUGACAUCUACAGUGCCAGUUGGGGUCCCACAGACGACGGGAGAACGGUGGAUGGGCCGAGGGAACUCACCAUCGAGGCCAUGGCCAAGGGGGUGAACGAGGGCAGAAAGGGUAAAGGGAGUAUAUACGUGUGGGCUUCGGGAGACGGGGGCAAAAAUGACGACUGCAACUGUGACGGAUAUGCAUCCUCCAUGUGGACUAUCAGCAUCAACAGUGCUAUCAAUGAUGGUCGGACUGCACUAUACGAUGAAUCCUGUUCCUCCACCUUGGCCAGUACCUUCUCCAAUGGGAGGAGUCUCAAUCCAGAGGCAGGCGUGGCCACCACGGACCUAUACGGAAACUGCACUCUAAGGCACUCCGGAACGUCGGCAGCUGCUCCCGAGGCCGCUGGAGUGUUUGCUCUGGCUCUUGAGGCCAACCCAGACCUCACCUGGCGAGACAUGCAACACCUGGUCGUGAUCACUUCUAAGAGGAACAAACUGUACGAUGAGCUGCACAAAUGGAAAACCAAUGGGAGGGGAUUGGAGUUCAAUCACCUGUUUGGAUUCGGGGUUCUGGACGCGGGUGCGAUGGUGAGAGAGGCAGAGAACUGGGAGACUGUGACGGAGAGGUUUCACUGCACGGCAGCUUUUACAUCCGAGUCAGCAUACCCCAUCCCUCCCCCGGGCGAGAUUCUGACGAUCCAGUUGAGCACAGAUGCGUGUAAGGAGCAGCCGAAUGAGGUGAGGUAUGUAGAACACGUGCAGGCCAUCAUCAGUGCCCGGGCCACUAGGAGGGGGGACAUGACGAUCAACAUGACAUCCCCCAGUGGCACGGAGAGCAUCCUACUCGCAAAGAGACCAUUCGACGACGACAGCCAACAGGGAUUCCAGCAGUGGCCCUUCCUGACGACCCACACCUGGGGCGAGAACCCUGCCGGAGUGUGGACCCUAACGAUUGAGAUGAAGUCGGACGAAGAAAACUACCCUAGUCACGGGGAACUACUCGAGUGGAAACUAGUCGUCCACGGAACCCAGAAGGACUUCAUCUCCCAACACACGCAGGAGCUGCAGGAGAAACGAAUCGACGCCAUCCUGGCAGACAAGAAAGAUCACAUCGACGCCUGAACAUCGAAGAGUUCACACGGGGUCGCUUCCUUCGAUCAUAAUCAAACAAAACAGACUGUGUAGAGUCGCCUGGAAAACACUUUCCCGUCGUUUAACUUCUCGAAGAGCUGAUUCGACUAAACCGAAAUAGUUUGUGCGAAGUAGCUAUAAAGAUCACUAGAAUAUAUUAUGAAUGAGGGAAUUAAUUUGAAAUUGCAACCAA